GAAGUAGGAAGAAAUUUUUAACCUAAGUAUUUGUGACGAAAAUAUUAAGUUAUUGUUUGCUCAAUUUUUAUUUAAUAAAAUUUUUUUAUUCAGAAAUUACUAUGCAAGAAAAAGAUAAUUUAAGAGAUGUCAGUAAUCUAGUCAGUGAUAUCAAACAUAAAAAAAUUUUCACAUCUGUUGAUAUCGCAUUGAGGACAGAAGAUCUACUAGAAAAUCUUAUUUCUCAGCAACAAUGGAAAAGUGCAAAAGAACUAAUGAACUUAGUAAUUUUAAGAAUACGAUUCAUUAGAGAUGCUUUACCCACAGAAGCAACAGCUACUAAUAUUAUGAGACAUAUUUUAAAAAUUAUCAGGGAAGAAUAUGAAUCAGCAUCAAAAAAAAAAGGAGAAGGACAGUCAUUACAUCAGUUAGUGACCUCCCAUAAUAAUGACAGAUUGGAUUAUUCAGAGUCAUUAAGUAGCUUAAAAGCGAAUUUGCUAGAUCACUUAGGAGAGUAUAAAGUUGAAAUAGAAUCGAGUUCUGAAAAUAUAGCAGCGCAGGCUUCUGAACAUAUUCACAUGGAUGAGAUGAUCAUGACUGUUGGAAAAUCCAAUACUGUAGAAAAGUUUUUAAAAAAUGCUGCUAAAGACAGAAAUUUCAAAGUUGUAGUGGCCGAAGGGGCUCCAUUCUAUCAUGGCCACACAAUGGCUACAAGUUUAGCAAAGAGUGGCAUUCAGACCAUUGUGAUACCAGAUUCAGCAAUUUUUGCCAUGAUGUCUAGGGUAAACAAAGUGAUAAUUGGUACCCACACAGUUUUGGCAAAUGGUGGAUUAAGAGCUGCUAGUGGUAUACACGCAGUAGGUUUAGCAGCUAAACAAUUUUCAGUUCCAGUUAUGGUACUCUCCCAUAUGUACAAAUUUACUCCAAUGUAUGUAGUAUCUAAUAACAAUGAUACUUUCAACAUUUGUGCAUCUCCAGCUGACAUCAUUCCACAAUCGGCUGGAAAAAUUCUUAACAAUGUAGAAGUUUACAAUCCAGUAUUUGACUAUGUUCCACCAGAAUUGGUUACACUAUUUGUUUCUCAUCAGGGUGGAAAUGCGCCAUCAUACGUUUAUAGAUUAUUAUCAGAAUUGUACCAUCAAGAUGAUUAUGAUAUAUGAAAAUAAAUGUACAUUUUUUUUUAA